UAAAUGUCCAUGGCGUAGAAAAUGGUCGCCAUUUGGCGGUUGAUGUAGGGCAGCAACGGCUUGUUUCCAAAUUCUCUCUGCAGAAUCAUUAGAUUCGUUUACCGCUUUUAGAUCCAAAAGAACAUCAGUGCAAAAAAAGUAUAAUGAAAGAGCGUGUAGGAUCAGGUGUUUUACAUAAAAAAGCCUGAAACUUUAAUUAACUUUACAAACUUCAUUCCAAGUGUAAUUUGAAAAGAAAGUUAGAAAUUUACUAACUUUAUUCUGAUUCUUAAUGUUUUUGCUGAUUACUUGACUUGUUUCCGUAAAAAAAAAAGAAGUUUUAAUUCUUUAACUUGGAAAAAAGUAUAUAUCUGGUGGUUACAUAAAUGGAGUGAAAGUGAAAGGGAAGACGUGUGAUGGGCAGUGGGUGGAGGCUAUGGAUCUGGAGGAGCUGCAUUUUGCGGAUGAUUCAGCAGAUGAUCCAUACGAGGUUGUGCUUCUUCCAGACACCAGUAGGAGGAUUGCUCCUCAUAACAGACUUUCGCCCGCACACGCCUGCCUACCUUUGCCUCUAAAAGCCCUAAGCAAUAUACAAGAGUUCGUUGAAACUACUAUUGUACUGAAGAAAGAUAAGAAAAAUGAACUGGGAAUUAGCAUAGCUGGUGGUAGUGACUCUUAUUUAGAACAAAUUUGUGUUUUGGAAGUGCACAAGGAUGGUAUUGCAUACUCAGAUGGAAGACUUCGAAAAGGUGAUGUUAUAUUAGCGGUUAACGACAUGUCUUUUCGAGAAGCUUCUCUGACUGAUGCAGUGAGAUGCUUGAAAGAGACACCCUCUCCAAUCCGGCUGAUUAUCCUUAGAGAGAAUCCUCAGGCUCUUUUCACCACCAACGAGACACCCACGAAAUUCAUUACAGUAGAAUUAAGAAAAUUCAGUAUAAAAGACAGUAUUGGAAUCAGUAUUAUGCAGAGAACAAAUGGCCGUGGCGUCUUCGUUACCUACGUACAGCCCGGCAGCAUUGCUGCAACUCAUGGACGUCGAAUUUCUCAAGGUGAUCAAAUACUUGAAAUUAAUGGACACAACGUUAGAGAGAGUAACCAGAAAGAUGUUGCAAAUAUGAUUGAGAAUUUAGACGGUGCAAUUGUGUUGCUCUUAGGAAGAGUUCCAGCGCUGCACAGCUCUAUUCAGGAGUGGGUUAAAUGGAAAUCCCAGCAGUGCCUAAGGACCAGGACUUCAACCUGGUCUUCAUACACAGCUAACACAAAAGAUAAACUGCAAGUUCAGAGGCCAAGCUUACCGGUAAGCAAGGAAAGUCCAGCGCUUGGUUUCGCAAAUAGUAUUGCUACUGUGAUCUGCUCUGCAGUGAUGCCAGACUUGCCAAUCAUGAUUAAAAGUCCUUGCCCGAGUCCGACAGCUAGCCUUAGAAGAUCGAGGCUUAGCAUUCCGGAAGAUUCUUCAAAAUACAGAAGAGACGGACAGAGGCUAAAAGAAGAUUCAAAGUCUUCGGGAACAGAAAGCAAUUCUCGUGUACCAAGUAUUUUAGUGACGAGCUUUUAAAAUGCCCUGCUAUUUAAGGUUCCAAGGAACUUUUGUCGUAAGCGUACAUUUUAUCAUCAUUGUCAUAAUAUUGGUGACUAUUCAAAAGCAAAUUCCAAGCAAUUUGUAAGACUAUUCACGAGUCUUACAUAGAAUUCAUCAGAAAUGUAUUUUCACAUUUAUAUAAAACUUCUGAGCUAUUCAAAGCAAUAUACACUGGAGUUUUAAUUGUAAUAAUCACCAUAUAUUUUGAAAUAUAUGUAUGGAAGUAUACAAUUUUAAACUUUUUGUGAUUAUAUUUCACUUAAUAUUAUGACCAAUUAGCCGUUUAAAUAAUUCUUGUAGAAGUGAGAUAUGUUAAAUAUUUCCUAAAAGAAAAAAUUAUAUUUUAUAUGUAAGCGAGAUAACGAAGAUUGUAGGUCCAAAGUAAGAUGUACACUAAAAUUUACUUCCGGUUAUCAUGUUUUUGAUCUUACAUGAAAACAAAUUCAUGUGAAAUAUUUAUGCUAUGUGACGUACUAUGUACGUAUUAUCAGCUUCCCUACUUAACAUUGUCAUUUUCUGAUUGUUAGGACAAACUUUAAUUCCAAUUUCAAGUGGAAUUUUAAUUUGAUGUAAAUGUAUUGUGAAAUAUUACAGUAAUUAUUUUUCUCUUA